AUAUAUUACAGAAAUUGGUCCCACACAAACAAAACUCCCAAACAAACGCAGCAGCGGCAGUCGACAAACUCGCGCACCGCCGUCAUUAAAUUAAAGACCGACAGUGCAAGCCCGCCCGUGUAAUAAUACAUAAACUCCAAGCAAAGUAACAACCCCCAAAACUCGGGAGUUGCAAGAGUUUUCCGCAGCGGCAAACAGCCUGAAUAAAAACGCGUUUGCGUCGCGUCCUGCUGUCCAAAAAUCAAAAUUAACCGUCUUUAGCGCGUAAAAUCGGCCUCUAGAAUUUAAAAAAUCACUCGUAUAUAAUUCGUAUAUAUAUUUUCUACAGUAACUAAACCAGAUUUUUGGAGUAUCAACAUAAAUUUUCAAAUUUUUUAACGCAUUUUUUUUUGCCAAGUUUUGUUUGGUUAAAAUUUGGGUUGAGUUUUUGCGAAUCGAAAGCGGUAAUACACUACAGGCGAGGGCACGUGGCUAGUUACGAUAGCCGAUAAGAUGUUCAGUCCCGAAUAUGAAAAGCGCAUCCUGAGGCACUGCAGUCCCGUGGCCCGAAAUCUAUUCGACAAUCUCGAGUCAUCGACCACGCCCACAUCCCUCGAUCGUUUUAUACCCUGCAGAGCGAACAACAACUGGCAGACGAACUUCGCGUCGAUCAACAAGUCCAAUGACAACUCGCCGCAGACGAGCAAGAAGCAGCGGGACUGCGGGGAGACGGCACGCGAUAGUCUGGCCUACUCCUGCCUCCUGAAGAACGAGCUCCUCGGAUCCGCGAUCGACGACGUGAAGACCGCCGGCGAGGAGCGCAACGAGAACGCCUACACGCCGGCCGCCAAGCGGAGUCUCUUCAAAUACCAGUCACCCACCAAGCAGGAUUAUAAUGGCGAGUGCCCCUACUCGUUAUCGCCCGUCAGCGCCAAAAGCCAGAAGCUACUGCGAUCGCCGCGCAAGGCCACGCGCAAGAUCUCUCGCAUUCCCUUCAAGGUUCUCGAUGCGCCCGAGCUGCAGGACGACUUCUAUCUGAACCUGGUCGACUGGUCGUCGCAGAAUGUCCUCGCGGUGGGUCUGGGCAGCUGUGUCUACCUUUGGAGCGCCUGCACCAGCCAGGUUACCCGCCUGUGUGAUCUCAGUCCGGAUGCGAACACGGUGACCUCCGUGUCGUGGAACGAGCGCGGCAACACCGUGGCCGUGGGCACCCACCAUGGAUACGUGACCGUGUGGGACGUGGCGGCCAACAAGCAGAUAAACAAGCUGAACGGCCACUCGGCGCGCGUGGGAGCGCUGGCCUGGAACAGCGACAUCCUGUCGAGCGGGUCGCGCGAUCGCUGGAUCAUCCAGCGGGACACACGGACGCCGCAGCUGCAGUCGGAGCGCCGGCUGGCUGGCCAUCGGCAGGAGGUGUGCGGCCUGAAGUGGUCGCCGGACAACCAGUACUUGGCCAGCGGCGGCAACGACAACCGGCUGUACGUGUGGAACCAGCACUCGGUGAAUCCCGUGCAGUCGUACACGGAGCACAUGGCCGCCGUGAAGGCGAUCGCCUGGUCGCCCCACCAUCACGGACUCCUGGCCAGCGGCGGCGGUACGGCGGAUCGGUGCAUCCGCUUCUGGAACACGCUGACGGGCCAGCCCAUGCAGUGCGUGGACACGGGGUCGCAGGUGUGCAAUCUGGCCUGGUCCAAGCACUCCUCGGAGCUGGUCUCCACGCACGGCUACUCGCAGAACCAGAUACUCGUGUGGAAGUAUCCAUCGCUGACGCAGGUCGCCAAGCUCACGGGCCACUCGUAUCGGGUGCUCUACUUGGCCUUAAGUCCCGAUGGCGAGGCGAUUGUCACUGGAGCUGGCGACGAGACGCUGCGUUUCUGGAACGUUUUUAGCAAGGCGCGCAGCCAGAAGGAGAACAAAUCCGUGCUGAAUCUGUUUGCCAACAUCAGAUAGAGGACAAUAAUCCAAGGACCGAAGACUGAGCGAGGCGCCAAAGGCAAAACACACAACACAACACAACAUAACACACAAUACACAACAAAUAACAAAUGAUAACUAAAACCAACCAACUACCAACCAAUCAGCAAACCAAGCAGAAACUAACCAAGCCUAUAUUCUAUAUAUAGUAUAUAUAUAUAUACAAACGAUCCUUGUUCAGCAGUCGUUAGUAAAUUUUAGUUAUCACGGCAGCAAUAGUUUAAAUUUAAGUUAAGUAUAAUUGUAUAGAACGGUUAGUAGCAACCUUUGUGUAGGAAACACUUGAAAUUUGUAAAAGGAAGAACAUCAUUGAUGGCUGAAACAAGAACUGAAAAAUGAAGUUAUGUCUAUAUGUAGGCCCCUUAUGGAAAUUUUAACCAAUUGGAGAACAAGCAACACACAAACACACUUAUUAUAUCGUAUCUAAUUCUAAAUUUUUGUUGCUUCUCUAGGCGUUUAUUUUUUUUUGUUUGGUACAGUACACCUAAGCAACUAAACAAUUAUUUUUUUUGUUAGCAGAUAAGUAAGAUUAUUAUUUUCAUUGCAGUCACUACCAACAAAACACUCAUACAAAGCCACACUAUGUAUAUUAAAUAAAUUUAUACAAUCUCAAAAUGUG